GGAAUCCAUUUGGAUACCAGCCAUGGAGAGAAAACCGAAGCUUUCAGGCCAUGUUUGACACGUUAGAGGCCGAUAUCGUCGUCAUGCAGGAGACCAAGAUCCAACGAAAGGACCUUAGGGACGACAUGGUUCUGGUGUCUGGGUGGGACGUCUACUUCAGUUUACCGAAGUAUAAGAAAGGAUACUCGGGCGUGGCUAUCUACACGCGUUCCUCCAAAUGCUGUCCCAUCCGAGCAGAGGAAGGCAUCACCGGGGUUCUCAGUCCUCCAAACUCCUCCAUCAAAUUCCGAGAUCUGCCUCUAGAUCAGCAAAUUGGCGGCUACCCGAAGCCCGGCCAGCUCUCCGACUCCGUCGACGAAGCGACUCUUGAUUCCGAAGGACGCUGCGUAAUCCUCGAGUUCCCAGCCUUCGUUCUCAUCGGAGUUUACAGCCCUGCCAACCGAGACGAAACCAGGGACGAGUUUCGUCAAGCCUACAUCGAUGCCAUUGACACCAGAGUCCGUAACCUGGUCGCCAUGGGGAAGCAGGUCUUUCUCUGCGGUGACCUCAACAUCAUCUGCUCGGAGCUGGACACAGCGGGACUAGCCGAGAGGCUACGGAAGGAAGGCAUGACAAUAGACGACUUCUUGUCUACCCCAUCACGGCGCUUUCUCAACCAGCUGGUAUUUGGAGGCCGUGUUGUUGGAGAGAGGGACAAAGGCCGAGAGGAGCCUGUGCUCUGGGAUCUCUGCAGAGAGUUCCAUCCGUCCCGCGCAGGCAUGUACACCUGCUGGGAAACUAAGAAGAAUGCACGGCCAGGCAACUUUGGGAGUCGGAUAGACUACGUGCUAUGCAGCUCUGGAAUUAAGGACUGGUUUAUCGACGCCAAUAUUCAGGAGGGUCUCCUAGGAUCCGAUCACUGCCCUGUCUAUGCGACGAUGGGUGACAUGGUCGACUUGGACGGCUCCAAACUCCACGUAGAAGAUGUCAUGAACCCGCCAGGCAUGUUCAAAAGUGGCAAGCGACAGCGAGAAUGGACAUCCAAGGAUCUUUUGCCCACGUCGGCAAAGCUCAUCCCCGAGUUUAACCGCAGACAAAGCAUUCGGGAUAUGUUCUUCAAGAAGGCUGCGCCAUCGGCAAAGGCAAGCCCUGCGACCUCACAGUCCAGCAGCCAAGAGAUUCUCAAACCUGCGAAUCCUGCAGCCGAUGACGUGAGCCACGAGAGCCUCCCGAGCGAAAGCUCAGCUCCGGUGUCAACGCCAGCGGACCAGACUGCAGUAUCCGCCAACACAUCAGCAUCUCCACAAAAGCCCGCUCCCUCCAAACGAGUGGCAGAGUCGUCCACAUCACCGGGACGGCCACAGAAGAAGGGCAAAUUGGCUCUAGGCAGGGAAAACUCCGUGAAAUCAGGGCCAGGUCUCUCGCAAAGCAAUCUGAAGGGCUUCUUCAAGCCUAAGGCGGCCACCCUAGGCGUCGAUCUACCCAAUGUUGCAGAAGAUGGCAGUGAUCCCAGCUCCGCUUCGAAGCCUGACACCAAGCAGUCUGCAGAGUCGGGCAUCAAGGGAGUCCCGCAGACCGGCAGGACCAAGAACGAGUUCGAUGCGGAGAAUGAGAGCGUGGACAAACUCGAGGGAUCUUCAGAACCCGUCGGCUCCUCCUCCACCGAGAAAGUCUUUGACCCUAUUCAGGCAAAGCAGUCUUGGUCGAAGCUGCUUGGGAAGCGGACCGUUCCCAAGUGCGAGCACGGUGAGGACUGCCAGAUCCUGGUCACCAAAAAGGCCGGCAUCAAUUGCGGCAGGUCCUUCUUCAUGUGCGCCCGUCCAUUGGGUCCCUCGGGCGACAAAGAGGUGGGCACGGCCUUCCGUUGCCGUACCUUUAUCUGGAGCAGCGACUGGAACGGACGCCAGUGAUGUCACUCGGGACGGGAUGGUUUGCCAGCCUCGCCUCCCAUUGCUUCUCGAACGGACACCGUUGCCGCAUUUGUAUUCUUUCCUCGAGUCGCCCGGGAGGGGCAGGUGGGUUCCUGAAGAAGAAAAGCCUUCGGCGAUCGGUUCUGUCGCCGGCAUGAUUAGCUUAGCAAUAUUGAAGCCAUGUGACGUCCACGAAGACGUACCAAACUUG